GAGAUCCUGGAAAAUAUGGCAGGGUUUGUGGAUUCCGAAGUUCUUUCAGACUGUGAAAUUGCACAGGGGAAUAAAUUACUUUUGUACAUACAGUGCUGCUUGUCCGGUCGAGCUUACCCUAUCGGAUCUUUAUCAAGAGAACUCGCCGAAACUCUUCCGCUGCAAGUAUACCGUUGCUUAAUUGCUUAUAAAGGCAAAGACGGUAGUUCAGGUGGGAUAUUUUUUUUUUUCCAUAAACAGCCAUUAUUGAGUAUUGGCAACAAAUCACAGCAAUCCAUGCCACGUGCGGACUCGUGAAA